CUCCUUCUCCACCCUGCUGUAGACAUGCAUGAAUUGAGAGAGAUGAUGAAAUAAGAGAGGGGGAGAGAGAGAGAGGAGGUAGGAAGGCAAGAAAUAGUAGGACAGAGUGUGUUGGAGGGCAGCCAGCAUACUGUAGUGUAGCAUACUGCUGUGUUGUGAUUAUGGAGAGAGCAUGAGAGCAGCAGGACCAAAACGAGAGGAGAAAGAGAAAGGGUGAUGACAGAGUAAGGACACUUGGCUUAAUGCCUCAUCAGUAAGAGACGGGUCAUGUUAGAAUCUGAACAAUAGGCCGACAGACUCAUUAACUCUUCUGGAUCAGUUUGGAUCAGAUACCAAACAAAGGAUUUACAGUGUGGGGACAGAUGAACUUCGAGCCUCUAGGAAAAAAAAAAAAAAAGAGCACGCGAAAACAGAGGGCAGCAAACUACUACAGAUAUUUGGACUCAAGACAGCAUGCAGCAAGGAUCGAGCAAACACUGAAGAGGGAUGAAAUGGUGUGGAAAUGCUGCCUCUCUCUUGAGAAGUCCCACUUUUAAGUCAGUCACACAAGAGAUGGGGAGACGAGUGGGUGACGUGAUGACUCCGGUGCCAGUUUUAGGAGUUCCUGCUCUGGUUGGAGUGUGUGGUUUGAAGACAACCGGAGAAGACACAGCUGCAGGGGUCCUGCUGCACACGUGGGGUCUUCAUUGCAGUGUCGGUGUUCAGACGUCACCGGGGAUUAGCAGACAACCAACCCAACAGCCGUCAACUGAUACACUACCCGUGCUAUCAGAGAGAAAUAAUCAAAUAUUCAACAAGGAAACACACUACGAGGACAACGACAAAAGGGCUAUUUUAAAACAGAAAAGUGGGGAAUCCAAGACCAAAAAGGAAGUGACUUUCAAAGCUCUUGGAGGCGAGACCUCUCACAAUGUGACCUGCAUUCAGAGGAACAGAAAUGGGACUUAUUGCUUUGCCAGGGCGAUCAAGACCAAUCCACACUUUGCAGACAACAUAACAAAUGUCAGGCCUAAGCUGAAACCAGCUGUGCGUUACACUAACGGUAGCGUGGUGGAUUCAGAAGCAAUUGGUGGAAUCAGUGUUGACGGAAAUGAAGCAGCACCAAUUAAAAGUGGAACCUUUCGCGAAAGAGACCCAGUCAGAAAGCAAGGUCACCACGCAGAGCAUUGUGGGAGGACGCCGCUGUCAUCUGUUGCCCGACCUUUCGGUACAGUGCAGAAAUUAUGCAGCCUUUGUGGUGGGAGACAGUCUGUAACCACAAGAGCUGCCACUUUGGGGGCGAACAACCCCGCUGUCAGCGCGUCUUCAUUAAAUUCAGCCCUCGCAGCGCUCUCGACUGGCACACAUUUCCACACGUCUCAUAUUGAGAGAAACAGAGACAUCAAGCCAAAUCAGGAUCAAAUCACUGACAGCGUCACAGACAGAGACAACGGGACACAGACAUUACAUGUGAACAAUGAGGAGGCGAGGUUUCGAAAAACAGCACACCCAGCGUGCCCAGUUCACGCACAAUCUGGACACAAUCUGAUCUCUUUGUCACAUACUCGCACUGCAGGUGAUCAAACAUCCAAUCAACUCGCAAACAUCCCACAUGCGAAAACGGUCACUAUCACGCAAGCAACUAUAGAAACAAAACAAGACACCAAUGUCCAAUCUUUUGCAGAACCUACGCAGGACAAUAACAUCCCCCGACCAACAAGUCUCACACUGACUCCACAAACGGCAGCCGCAACCAAACACAAGGACCCACAGUCGCACACUCAUCCCACGGUCCCCAGGACAGGAACUGUACCUGCCAUAACACGACCUCACAAUGCAACCAAAACCAACACACACAAAAAGACUGUGUCCUUUAAUUCCGCGCACGUGUCCACAAAAGUGCCCCCACCAAGAAUGCAUAAAGUCCAAAAGGUGCACCCGACAAACGCAACACAAGUAGACGCGGCAACAAAUGCAUGCCUUCAAAUAUCUAAAAAAAAAUGUCCCGACUCGAAAAUAACCAGCGCAUCAGACUCGACCCUACGCCACCUCGGCAUUGUUGCUGCAGAGAGCUCUUUGAAUAAACGCGCUGCAUCAGAUCGAGCGACUCGACAAAUCCACUUGAUUAAAACUAAUUCCGAGCCUUUAAUUCAUGAAUCUACCACUAAAUCCCAACAGUCACGACUUGGCUCGACUUCCGGUGUGACUACCAGUUCCACAUCUGCAUGUCACAGCACUCAGAGUGCCAGCUUGAAAAAGUCAUCCGUCAGUCUUAAGGAAGUUCCGUCUACAGUAAGCUUAUCAUCUUGUGUGUGGACAGAAAACCAAAGUAAUGAAGUGAGACAUAUUGAAACACCACGCACAAAUAAACCCAGUCACAACGAUCAGUCUGUGGUCUGUACUGUAUCCAAUCAGGAAAACGACUCCAAAACAAACCCACUCACAUUAUCCAGGCUGCUAACUGUGUCAAAAAAACAUAGCAGAGACACUGAUGCGAGCACAAACAAUCCCGAAUUGAUAAUGAAUAUCAGUACUCGGUUGCAUACUGAUAAAAACAAAUUAAGCGAGAAUGUAAGCAAUGAAUUUGUUGCGCAUGAGUCAAAGCAGCAUGAAAAUUCAAAACCAUCACAGGUCGCUGAGCUUCAGAAUAUCAUUUCCUUAAUCAAGUCGAGCAGCCACGUAAACACAGAGCAACAUUAUCAAGGAUGCACAAAAAAGGAACACGAGGGACACUGUGAUCCUUCCCCACUAGUACACACAGCCCAAGAGACAGAUGCAAAAACAGAACUAUUUGCCCUGGCGGCAUCAAGCAAGCAUACACAUAUUGAAGCUGAAUCCAGUGCAGAUAAUCCGCCACAUUACAGUUACUCGACAAUCUCAACAGCACAAACAAACUUCAUGAGCUCAUCCGCAGCAAACAGUAAAGGCCAAGUUGACCAUGUCACGCAAAUCCGAGUCCACCGACAUUCAGACUCACGUUCAAAGCUUUCCUUCACUGCACCUGUGCCAUUUAAAAACCACGGAGGCCCGGAAUGUAAUUCAAUUACGCCCCCAUCAACAUUGCAACCAGUCACCCCUCCCUGCCUCCGGUCCUCUGAGAUGGAGUCAACACUAAGUCCUGCUCUGACCCAGCUUUGCCCAGUGGACUCUAGUCUGACUCGCUCCCACCCGACAGAUGCAGCCACGCUGUUGCCACUUUCAUCCUCACAAUGCUGGAGACCAGCCAUCCUGCAGCAGGAGCUGGAGACAGUGGAGGCCAGUCUGGCAGCCAACAAGGACCGUAUCACCACUCUGCUUAACAUCAUCCAUGACCUCGAGACGUGCCACACUCCCACAAGUGGUCGGCGAUGCUUCAAAACUGGACAGGACGUCAAAACCUGCUCAACCUGCCAGAAGACCGCUUGUAUAAUAUACAGCGUGGAGUACGACUUCAGGCAGCAGGAAAGACGCUUCUCGGAGGUUCUGAAUUUUUCAGCCAGAAGAAACAACGCUUCCUCCACUCACCUAUCCCAACCUUUUAACUUUAGCCUGCUCCGAAAUGUCAUCACCAAGAACUUAACAAAGUCAAAAGUGAAGAGCAAAAAGCUGUGCAGGACCAUGUUCAAGUGGCUACCUAGGAAAAUCCAGCAGGCGUAGACCUUGAAUCGAGACCUGUGUGCUGUUUGAUGGCCAUUAGGUUAGUGUCACAAGUGACCAGCAGAAGCGUUUGCAGAGUGAAAUGACUUUAUAUAAGGUUCUUACACAGUGGAGUUUCAUUGUCCUGCAUUUUGUCAAACUUUGUACAAGUAGGAUUUGUACUUUAAUUCUUCCCUGCUCUUCAUUACCUGCACUAUCACUGUCACCUGUAAGGACUUCUAUAUAUCACUUUUGCAAAUGAAUGUACAUUUCUUGUCAACAUUCUUGCUGAAAAUGUAUGGCUUCCCACAGCCAGAGAUGUCUUCAUCUAGUUUGAUAUAAGAAAAUCUAUCUGGCUCUUUCCACUCAUGAGAACAUUUCCUCUCUAUGUGUCCCCUAACCUGCUUCUCCUGAGAAUAAAUAUGCAAUAUAAAACAA